GGUAACGUAGUAAAUCACAAAACUGAUUUGUUUUUUUCCAGAAAUGAUGGGAAGAAAGAAGAUGAAGCGUUCACCUGGCUCUUGAAAGAGGUUGGCAUUGAUGAUAAGAUAACGGUCAAGGAGUACAUAGAACAGUACGAUGUCAUAAGUAAAGCGUUACCUGGAGCUGAACGAUUAGUACGACAUCUCUCUAAGAAAGGUAUUCCAUUGGCAAUUUGCUCGGGAUCACGAAGCUCGACCUUUCGUACGAGGCGUGAACCUCAUAAGGAGUGGUUGGAUCUGAUACCAUUAAUGGUGUUCUGCGGUGACGAGCCGGAAAUUAAGAGAGGAAAACCACAUCCGGAUCCUUAUUUGGCGACGAUGAAUAGGUUCCCAGUAAAGCCCAAAGACCCUUCAGAUGUGCUUGUGUUUGAAGAUGCACCUAAUGGAGGUAGAGCAGCAAAGGCUGCCGGUAUGAAAUGUGUUAUGGUGCCCAGCGAGAGCAAUCGGCAAGAAGCCCUUCAAAUCGGG